CCGGCCCCUCGCCCAUAGAAUCCAAUCCUCCUCCACCUCCGCCAGCACCACCGCCGCCGGAAAAAUGCCGAAGCCGGCGGUGGUUUACCUCCUCCUGGUCAUCGCUUUCGUCAUCCUCCUCUCCUUCUCCCGGACGCCUCAUGCCAGCCAAAAACGCCAGCAUGGCCGCCGGCUGGCCCACCACCAUGCCUCCUUCGAUCCAUUGGUGGACAAGCUCGAGCGGCGGGCCGAAGAGCGGGGCUUGCUCGACACCGAUACCUUUCAGGAGAUGUUGCACGCCUUUUUCCAUGACCAGAACCGGAGCGAAGUGCCGGAGAUUGGGGUGUUUGAGGAGUACUUCGGCGAGGAGGGCCGGUUCAACGUAACAGAGAGGUUGAUGUCUCUCUUCCCGUUGCUAGAUAGGUAUCCACAGGAUGGGAAAAUUAGCUUCCAAGAGCUCGAGUUUUGGAACCGGAAGCAGGCACUGGACCGACUAAUCUAUAGCACCAACAGGCAGAUGAAAUUGCAUGACAAAGAUAGAGAUGGAGCAGUUACCCUUGAAGAGUUUUUGUCUUAUCUUCCCAAAGAAGAGAUAGAUUGGGAUAACAAGGAUCAUGGUAAACCAGGGUGGUGGAAGGUGCAGUUCUUGAAUGCAGAUAAAGAUGCCAGUGGAUCCCUUGAUAGCGAGGAAUUUAGGGAGUUCUUACACCCUGAAGAUAGUAGAAAUCCAGCAAUCCAAUUGUGGCUGCAGCAGGAAAAACUGAGAGAAAUGGAUCAGAAUGGAGAUGGAAAAUUAAGUUUCAUGGAGUUUCAUGAUCGACUUAAUGACAUGUAUCUGGGUUUUGCUUCAUCUGAAACUGAUGUGGCAGAUGACUCCAGGCAUCAUCAAGAUUAUGCUGAAAGAAAAUUUGGAGAGCUUGAUGUCAACAAAGACGGAUUUUUGACAGCAGACGAACUGAAGCCCAUAAUUCACCACCUUCAACCAGGGGAGUUUUCUUAUGCCACUCAUUUCACAAAGUACUUGAUGCGUGAGGCUGAUGAUGACAAAGAUGGCAAACUGACGCUGAAGGAGAUGCUAGACCACUAUCAGGCAUUCUAUAGUGCUGUUAUCGAAGAAGAUCCCUUUGAUGACUAUGAUGAUGAUGAUUAUAAUAUGCAUGAUGAGCUCAGGUGACAAUCUCCAUUUGAGAUCCCUUUUUUUCUCGAUGGUUUUUUUGGUAGCAUUGUACUACCCAAACAAUUGUUGCAAUGAAAAUGAUAGUUGUGCCUUCUUCAGAAACUUGUCUUGUGUCAAGUGUAUGAGCAUAUUGACCUCUUCAGCCAAAAUCAUGGAUGCUUUCCCAGUACAUCUAGAUAGCAGGUUGCUAGAAAAAAGAAGCUUUAACAGCAACUCGCAACUGCAUUUAGUCUGAGAGCAUUCUCGCAUGCCACUGUUGCAGUAAAGGGCUCAUAGCUUGAUAUGUAAGGUAUUGUUCGCUCUGGCCCAUAGAUCUUAUAGAUUUGUCCUUCUGAAUUUUAAUCUAAAAAGCGUCUCAUAUAGAAUAGAUGAUCCCUUCCUAUA